AUGGCGGAGGGCAAGUCCAAGUUCGUGAACAGUUUCCUCCAAGCGGUUGGAGAGAAGAAGUUCGCCAAGGCUGCGGAUUUGUUUGUUUCAGUCACCGAUGAGGUCGUUGCCGACAAGCCCCUCUCGUCAAUUGAGCAGCAGCUGCAAUUGAAGCCUACGAAGCCGUACAAGAAGUUAUGUAGACUGAUCAAGGAUAAAAAGGCGUUAUGCGGGGUCUUCCAGACCCUUCUUGGCCUCAAGCUUGAGGACUCCCCAGCCACGAUUUGCGCCAUCCGCUACGUUUGCAUGUCGCGAAGCUUUGCCAAACAGGUCGCCUCCUGUAGCUCUGCAGUCACCGCGCUGCAUCAGUUCGGCACUCGCCUCCAGCAGCGCGCCCAGGCGAGCCUGACCCACACCCCAGCUCUCCUCGCCCCCGAGAGGCCCCUUCUCUACGGCUGCUACUUUCUCACGCGCGUGCUGGAGAGUUUACUCAGCAACUCCCAGGAGUUUGCAGAGAGCGCACUCGCUCAGGGGUACCUUCCCUUGAUCACAUCCUUCUUCCCGUUGGCGGGGGAUCCCCCGGGGCCGGCGGAGCUGGAUCGGGCCGAUAUCCUGGCGGAUCUGGCCCUCGGCACCAUGACAGCCUUCUCAAACUUAGCGUCCAAUCCACCGGAGCAAACAGAAAAGAUAUUGAGCAGCGAAGCGGCGCCAAGCCUCCUAAGCUGGUUGAUUCGAUUCUGCAAGUCCAUGCACUCGAUGCUGAGGAACUUUCCGAUGUUGCAGCAAGAAAGACUUGCGUCCAAUCCGGGCCUCCCGCUGACCAGCUUGCAGGAGGCGAUGCACCGAUUACUGUUCAACCUGUGCAACGUCUGCGGGACAGCUGAUCGGGUGAACCCGACCAUACUGAUGGGGAACGAGUUCGAAGAGCUGAUCAGGGUUGUUGAGAAGCUGAAGCCGCUUGUCGGGGACUCUGACAAACAGAACGUCGAGCACUUCUUGCGGGAAGCGCAGCGCUUCAAGAUGCGGGACUCUGAGGGGUACGGAGUGCCUGCGGACCUGGGUACGGUGCUUGUCAUGUUGCAGAGCGUCAAGUUGGGAGGAGCGCCAGAUCCGGCAAAAGCAGUGAAUGAGCUAGCAGACCGGUUGUGGAGCCUCUCGAUAAUAGAGUCCAAGUUACUGUUGGGCGCGGGGAUAGUGGACACCCUUUUGGGGACGAUGCUUUCCGAGAUGCGGCGCGUGCACGAAGCUCAAGGGGGUCCCCUGGACUUCGUCCGGCUGUUAGCGUUCUGCUUCUACAAAGGGAGGGUGCCUCCGGCAGACUGGCCAAAAUACUCGCACGCUCUAGUUGGUGCCAUCUCCAGAGAGCUCGUCGACGGGGUUUCCAUCAACACGGCGUGGCACUUUCUCGCCGUCCUAGUUGGGGCCAGGGACUGGUUCGAACCCCACAUGGUCUGCUCCGACUUUCUGGACUCGCGCACAACGACGAGACCGCAACCGGCGGUUGGCAGUAUGCCGAGCUUGCUCUCUGAGCGGGAUGCGGAGAAGCUAGUCGAACAAGGCCUCAAGUGGAUCGACCAGGUGUGCUACUCGCAAGGUGUUAUGAGCGCAAUCGGGCGGGACGAUCGAGUGCAGGACGCGGCGGGGGUGGUCCUGUUCGCCUGCGUCGAGUUCCCGGCUACGUGCGUACAGGUUGAGCUGUUCACGAAGCUCCUGGCGGCUCUGUCGGAGCGUUUGGCAACGGACUUCAAGCGCUGCUCCGAACUAGGAGCGGCGUCGAACGAGGCGAAAGUGGAGGAGAUGCAGCGGUCCGUGCCGUUCCUGGGGACGCUCCUGCGAAUCUUCGGGCUGGCUCUCGACUCGUGUUGGCAACUAGAGUCGGCGGGAGAAACGUUCCUUUGGGAGACCGCUCGGGACGGCGGAACACUGACGUGCCAAAAUGUGCUGAGGAUCUCUCGGGCCCUGUCAAGCUCUAGUGCGUCAUCGUCGCUGCCUGGCGCGCUCAACGGUAUGUCAGACGAGGGCUUGGGCAGCGAAGGGAUGAGGAUCUGGACUGUUUACGCGGCCAAGUUCAAUUUGAAGCCCUGCAGCCGCUUGGCAUGCACGGGGGAGGUCGUCGAGAUCCGCCAAAAGACUUUUAACUUGUGCAGUGCGUGCCAUGGAGCUCAAUAUUGUUCUCGAGAAUGUCAAAAAGUCGACUGGAAGACACACAAGGCCGAGUGUAAGAAGUCUGUAGUAUCGUGAGCGAAGAAACAGAGCGAAAAG